CCCCCUUCUCCCGUUCUCCCUCCCUGCGCAGUGGAAACAUGGCGGCGGGAAGGGAGUGAGCCUCUCAGCGCCCCGCGUCGCCGCCGCCGCGUCCGCAGAUGGAGACAUUAACAUACAGAGAAGCUAACUUGCCUGAGGUCAGAGCAAGGUAUUGGUGGAUCCAGGGAUAAAUCCUAAACCUCUUAACUUCUUGAGACCAGUUUUAGUCCAUCGACUAUGCAGCCUAGUGUAAUAGAUUGGAAUGAUGUUAGGAAACACAAAUAUGAUCACCUCUCAGAGUCUACAUCCCAAUAUCAAGAAACUGCUGACAUCCUGGAGCUAGGUCAUUUUACCUGGGAAAAAUACUUAAAAGAAACAUGUUCAGUCCCUGCCCCUGUCCAUUGCUUCAAACAGUCCUACACACCUCCAAGCAACGAAUUCAAGAUAAGCAUGAAAUUGGAAGCACAGGACCCCAGGAACACCACAUCCACCUGCAUUGCCACAGUGGUUGGACUGACAGGUGCCCGCCUUCGCCUGCGCCUUGAUGGAAGUGACAACAAGAAUGACUUUUGGCGACUGGUUGACUCAGCUGAAAUCCAGCCUAUUGGGAACUGUGAGAAGAAUGGGGGUAUGCUGCAGCCUCCUUUGGGAUUUCGGCUGAAUGCUUCCUCUUGGCCCAUGUUCCUUUUGAAGACAUUAAAUGGAGCAGAGAUGGCUCCCAUCAAGAUUUUCCAUAAGGAACCACCAUCUCCUUCUCAUAACUUCUUCAAAAUGGGAAUGAAGCUAGAAGCUGUGGACAGGAAGAACCCUCAUUUCAUCUGCCCAGCCACUAUUGGGGAGGUCCGGGGCUCAGAGGUGCUUGUCACUUUUGAUGGGUGGCGAGGGGCCUUUGACUACUGGUGCCGCUUUGACUCCCGGGACAUCUUCCCUGUGGGCUGGUGUUCCUUGACUGGAGACAACCUUCAGCCACCUGGCACAAAAGUUGUGAUUCCAAAGAGUCCCUAUCCUGCAUCUGAUGUGAACAUUGAGAAGCCCAGCACCCACAGCAGCACCAAAACUAUCUUGGAACAUCAACCAGGGCAGAAGGGGCGUAAACCAGGAAAGAAGCGGGGCCGGACACCCAAGACCCUAAUUCCCCAUCCCAUUUCUACCCCAUCUAAGUCAGCUGAACCUUUGAAAUUCCCAAAGAAGAGGGGUCCCAAACCUGGCAGUAAGAGAAAACCUCGGACUUUGCUGAACCCACCACCCACCUCACCAACAACCAGCACCCCUGAACCGGAUACCAGCACUGUGCCCCAAGAUGGUGCCACUAUCCCCAGCUCAGCCAUGCAGGCCCCCACAGUUUGUAUUUACUUGAACAAGAACGGCAGCACAGGCCCCCACUUAGAUAAGAAGAAGGUCCAGCAGCUCCCGGACCAUUUUGGGCCAGCCCGUGCCUCUGUGGUGUUGCAGCAAGCUGUCCAGGCUUGCAUCGACUGCGCUUAUCACCAGAAAACCGUCUUCAGCUUCCUCAAACAGGGCCACGGUGGUGAGGUUAUCUCAGCUGUGUUUGACCGGGAGCAGCACACCCUCAACCUCCCAGCAGUCAACAGCAUCACCUCCAUCCUCCGCUUCCUGGAGAAACUCUGCCACAACCUUCGUAGUGACAAUCUGUUUGGCAACCAGCCCUUUACACAGACUCACUUAUCACUGACUGCCACAGAAUACAGCCACAGCCACGACAGGUACCUACCAGGUGAAACUUUUAUCCUAGGGAAUAGUCUGGCCCGGUCCCUGGAACCACACUCAAAUACAAUGGACUCUGCCUUGAAUCCCAACAACCUUGUUGUCAGCACCUCCCAGAAUCUUCGAGCCCCUGGGUACCGGCCCUUGCUUCCAUCCUAUGGCCUCCCACAGAGCACUGCCUCAGCUGUGCGCAGGCUCUGUUCCAGGGGGUCGGACCGAUACCUGGAAAACCGAGAUGCCUCUCGACUGAGUGGCCGGGACCCCUCCUCAUGGACAGUUGAGGACGUGAUGCAGUUUGUUCGGGAAGUUGAUCCUCAGCUCGGACCCCAUGCUGACCUCUUUCGCAAACACGAGAUCGACGGCAAGGCCCUGCUUCUGCUGCGCAGUGACAUGAUAAUGAAGUACAUGGGGCUGAAGCUGGGGCCUGCACUCAAGCUUUCCUACCACAUUGACCGGCUGAAGCAGGGCAAGUUCUGAACAAGGAAGUGCAUCCUAGACAGCUGAGUGGUCAAGCAGAUGGGGUGCUCUUCCUGUGAAGGAAGGUGGUCACCCAUUCUCAGGCACCUCAGUGGGAUUCCAAGCCUCCUCAGGACUCCAGGAGGCUGUGCAGAGCCACCACUGCCCUCUCCUGCCAUGAUGUGUCCUUCCAUGAAGGACUGAAGAGGGGAGAAUGUGGGGCCCAGGGCUGGCGCUGCUCUUCCCCUCAGCCCUGCCUCAGCUCUGAGGUCCCCCUCUAUUUAUUUCUCAAGUCUGGCUGGCCUCUCACCAAGAGUCUAGACCAGACACCUUCCAAGUGAUGGUGGAAGGAGCC